AUUAGAAAAGAAAACACUGCUAGGGUUUAUUUUAUACAAUUCUGCUGCAGACCAGUGGAACUCUCUUGCUGCUCUUAUUCUUUGGCUGGGAGGCGAAAAUUUGCGGAGGCGGCAGUCAUGGUGAAGUAUUCGAGAGAGCCAAGCAACCCUACCAAGUCCUGCAAAGCCAGGGGCAGUGAUCUUCGGGUUCAUUUUAAGAAUACUAGGGAGACUGCCUUUGCUAUUAGGAAGUUGGCUUUGGUCAAGGCUAAAAGGUACUUGGAGGAUGUGAUUGCCCAUAAGCAAGCUAUUCCAUUUAGGCGUUUCUGUCGCGGUGUGGGACGAACUGCCCAGGCUAAGAACCGUCACUCUAAUGGACAAGGUCGCUGGCCUAUGAAGUCUGCAACGUUUAUUCUUGAUUUGCUUAAGAACGCUGAGAGCAAUGCUGAGGUGAAAGGUUUGGAUGUGGAUGCUCUUUAUGUUUCUCACAUCCAAGUAAAUCAAGCACAGAAGCAAAGGCGACGGACAUACAGAGCACAUGGGAGGAUCAACCCAUACAUGUCUUCCCCUUGCCACAUUGAAUUAAUUCUGUCGGAGAAGGAAGAACCUGUUCAGAAAGAGCCUGAGACUCAGUUGGCUCCAAGGAAGGCUAAAGGUCAAGCUCUCCGGAGUGGUGCAUCCUCUUAAUGCCGAGUUCUAGACUGAUUCAAGAGUAGUAGUCCACUCCUUCAGAAAUUUCCAGGUUUUCUGCUUUGUUAGAAUACUAUAAACUUGAGUUUUCUUCAUGGGAUGCUCAUGGAUUUUGGUUGUUGUGCUAUAUAACUAAUAAUUUAGAUUCGUAAUGCUCUGUUAAACUUGGGAAGCUUGUUAAUGCGAUGAUGAGUUUAGAUUAUGCCCCUGCCUAGACUGUGGUAGUGGUAGGACAGCAUGGUGACUAUCGGACAAUUAUGGUUCUUGCUUUU